AUGCCAUCCGGAGAGGAGAUGAAUCGAGUCGGAGCAGAGAUAAGGAUUUGUGGAGAAUACGAACCUCCAAAAAGACCUCGACCUCAUACCAGUUACGAUAGAGCUCAGCAAUCCAGGCAUUUCAUGAUCUAUGUUCAUUCCAAGAUAAUGAUUGUUGAUGAUGAAUGCAUUAUAAUCAGAUUUGCCAACAUCAAUCAAAGAUCAAUAGAUGGUGCCAAUGAUACAAAAAUUGAAAUGGGAGCCUACCAACCGUAUCGCCUCUCUACUAAGGAACCAGUGAGGGGCCAAAUUCAUGGGUUACAUAUGGCAUUGUGGUAUGAGCACUUACGCAAGCUUGAUAAGUCCUUUCUUGAGCCAGAGAGCUUGGAAUUCGUACGGAAAGUGAACCAGGCAGUUGAGGAAUACUGGAAUUUAUACGCAUGCAAGUCGUUAGAUAAUAAGCUGUUAGGCCAUUUGCUAAGCUAUCCGAUUGGAGUUAGCAGUGAUGGAGAGGUGAAAGAGCUUGCAAGAUUGGAAUAUUUCUCGGACACCAAAAGUCGAGUUCUUGGACCCAAAUCUGGAUCUUUCCUUCCAUUCUCAUUACCUAAAUUCAGUAAUCUAAUUGUCUGAUGGUCAGAAUGAUUGUAUUCUUUGAUUGAAGAAACUCUAGAUUAAACUUUAGUUGGAAGCAACCUUGAAGAAAAUGACAAUGUAGCUAUGAAGCCAUUUUUCCUAAUUGACAAUAGUGGGUAGAUAAAAGUGUUCCCU